GCUUGUGUUUUUCAUGAAUCGAGCAUGCUCAUAGAGCUCGAAUUAGCGAUAUCAAGACACUAUAAGCCGAUCCGUUAUAAAUGAUCAGUUCACAUUUAGUUUUGAAACUGUUGAGAUGCAUGGAAAGACACCACUAACAACCCUGAAAUAAUACAAAAACCUGACAUAAAUUUGUUGUUUUUUUCUACAUUGGUUGCACGCAAAGCGAAGAAAAGAUACAAACAUGAAUAUUAAAGUGUCUGUAGUUUUAUUACAUUUUUUAACCAUAACGGUACCAAUUAGCCAAUAUGCGGCGAAGUCGUUUAGUGUUUUAGCUAGUGAUAUUGAGGUGAAUGAAACACAAUCGAAAAUUCGCAAAAUAUCGACAAUUAUGACAACGGCAACGAUCGUGUCUGAAACAAAUGUGUGUAAUGAUCGGUUUUGCUACAGUCCAACGAAUGAGACCACGGCAACAACAGCAACAACGACAAAUAAAUCAAAAGAGUUUGCACCGUCGUAUAAAGAAUACGACCGUCUUAAAUCAACAUCCAUUUUGUAUGGUGUUGUUAAAACAGCGGCACAACGAUCACAAGCGAACGACAUAUGCUACCGAGAAUUGAAUCAAAUCUAUGAUGGUAUUCAUCGGAAAGAGAUAUGGGCGAUAAAAGCUUUGGAUUCGUCGGCAAUGCCACUUCCCGGAUUCGUGCUUGGUAACAACUUUUGGAUGGGAUCAGUGCAAGGUUGUGGAGCUGUACAAAAACCACCACCAUUGACCCUAUCAAAUCGCUUUGAACGAUUUAUGCAUACUGAUUUGUGGUCGGCCACUGCUCCAUUCGACAUCGGCUAUCGAAUGGUUUACGCAGAGCAUCGCUCGCCCUGGCAGAUGCAAGUUGAAUUCACACUCGAGAAAAAUAAAGUACUUCAUGUUGGACUUUGUCUGCCGCAAUCAUGUUCCAACGAUCAAAUUGCCAAUUUAACGCAAGAAUUCUUUGAUUCAUCAACAUUGGACGCACAAAUUAUGCACGACUAUCAGCCAAAUGUGUUGGAAGUCACGGAUCUUAAAGCCAAAACCAAUUUGAUGGAUAGAUGGAGCUUCAGAAUAGUUGUGUGCUGUGUGAUUUUCACAUUGCUUAUGAUGGUCAUUGCAUACAUAAGAGACGGUAGUGAAAAUGAUGAAGUAGUGAAAAUUGAACACCCCAUUGCAACGAGAACGGAAAUCAAUGGAAUUGUGUCAUCACCACCAGAUGUUGUGAUGCACUGUCCAAAAACCAGUGUACCAAAGAAAAUGUUCCUCGAUGAAAUUGUUGAAUGUUUUUCGCUGCGAAAAAAUAUGCAAAUUCUUACCAGUGUUGAUAAGCCGGCCAAUGCAGUGCCCAUCGUUGAUGGUCUAAAAUCGAUUGGAUGUUUUUUGAUUCUGAUGUUCCAUGUGUAUUGGUUCAAUCAUUUCACAGUGCACAAUGUGACAAUGACAUUUUCGUAUGGUGAACAGACCUUGUGGCAAUGGGUUAGCGCAACACCAAUUAUUGUUGACGUUUUCUUCACAAUUAGUGGCCUUUUGCUUACAUACAAUUUUCUGCGCAAUCAAUCAAAACAGGAUGAAAUUAGAAACAAUUCACUAAUGCAAAAUGUGAAAUUGUUUGGCAAACAGUUAUUAAACCGUUAUAUCAGAUUGACGCCGAUGUAUUUGGUUGUUGUUGGUUGUAUGGAGUUCAUGACCUCACGAAUGGUAGAAACAUCUCCGUUCUGGAUCCAUGAGCGCAACGAUAUGAUGUGCAGCAAAUAUUGGUGGAGAAAUGUUCUGUAUAUCCAAAAUCUCUUUAGCCAAGAUGAAUUGUGUGUAAAUUGGUCAUGGUCGUUGGCCUGCGAAAUGCAAUUCUUCAUCUUGUCAACUGUGUUGUUAUUCAUCUAUGCAAAAUAUCCAAAUGCAGCAAAGGCAAUUUUCUGCUCAUUAUUCGGAAUAUUCUUUGGCUUGAUCUUUUCGAUUGCCAUUUUCACAAAAUUCACGCCCGCCUAUGAUGUCAUGCAUUCCUUGGGCACCGAUAUGUACAUUGCACCAUGGACACGAGUCCUUCCGUAUCUGAUUGGAGUUGCAGCUGGCUAUGUCAUGUACACACUAAAGGGUGAAAUGCCUUUGGGUGAGAAAACCAUAAAAAUGGUAUGGACUGUGACGAUAACCAUCGCUAUUCUGGCCCAUGUUUCAACCCUAAAUCGCAAUGUAUCCUAUGUUACGGCCGCACUUUUGAUUACAUUCAUUCGAGUAUUGUAUCCGGUGUCGGUGUCAUGGAUGAUAUUAGCUAGCCACACCGGAUAUGGUGGUCUUUUUGCCAAAAUUCUAAACUUUCCAGUUUUCGUGCAUAUCAAUAAAUUAUCGUAUGGAAUUUAUUUGCUUAAUCCAGCCGUCAUCAGUGUAUUAUAUGGAUGGCAAGAUCACAGCACACACGUCGAUCCAGUUUCAAUGACGGUAAUGACAACUGGAAUCAAAGUUAUCGUCUACCUGUCGGCGAUUGUAUUUUCACUCAUGUUCGAAAUUCCAUUCACAAACCUGUCGGCAAAAAUCUUGAGACAAACAUCAGCAAAACAAAAAAUGUUGACAUCAUCACCAAAAACGACCGAAUUGACGAUCGAAGCGAAAAAAAUGCUUUGAUCAACUUGAUUAUUAAUGAAAUUGAUAAUUAUUCUGUUUUUUUUUUCGUUGUUGUUAAAAUAAUUUAAGCAACAAACAGCAACAUAUUUUCAUUGUUUCGAAAAUAUUUGAUGGGGAUCAUUUAGCUCAAACAUUUUGACUAAAUCAACGAUAUAUGGAAGAGAAGAAGAAGAAAAGAACUGUGGUAAAAUUGAGGAAAAACAACUUUUUGAUAAAGUGAUCUUCAGAUACAAUUGUAAAAAGUGCAAAAAAUUUGGAAGAUGUGUAAAAAGAAGAAAAACAAAUGAUCUGAUAUAGGGGGCACCAAAUGUUUCGAAAAUUCAUAACCGCAUUCCACAUUCUCAAGGGAUUUUAAAAUAUUGCGACUCAAUGUGUACAUGCCCAUUGCGCGCAUAAUGCGCCUAAAUCGCUUUACAAACCAUAUGUAUAUUUUUAUUUUCUUUAUUUUUUUUUUGGAACAAAACAACAAAACUUUAGUUCUGUAAUAAGAAAGCAUAAUUUAUUUUUCUAUAUAUGUGUAAGAAAAUUUUUAAUGGUAAGGAAAUGAAAUGAAAAAUCGAAAAUAAAUGACAGAGAUAUUAAAUUGAA